AUGACAAGGCAAGAAGGAGAUAAUGGAUUAGAACAGAUUAAAGUUUACACUGUGUGGGGCUAUGGGGAGCUCUUAGAAAAACGCCCAGCAAAAGCUAUAGUCAAAUUUACAUGGGGUGGCCUAGGAUACAUUGAUCCAAACUCAAUUAGCAAUAAAGUCACCUUAAAAGUGAAAUCUUUUGCCAAAGACAGGAAAUUAUUAUCAUUUGAAUGAGAUAUUACUAAUGAUUUUUCUAAUCUAUUUUCUCUAUUGAAGAAACAAUAUUCCUUAUCUGCAGGAGCAAUUAUCAAACUGAUAUAUCCUAUGGGAUCCAUGAAGGAAAUAAAGCCUACAGACUCCCCUUUUACGCUUAAGCUGAAGUCUCAUUCAACAUUUAUUGCCUUGCUAAGACAAAAUUUAUAUUGAAACGAAAACAAAAAAGCAGCUAACAUCGAAAUUUCAAAUAAUGGGAUGACAGCUUCAAAGAAAACAGAAGAAGAAUUCGAAACAGUCCUUUGCAAUAUGUGCUUAUCCUCUGGACUUUGUACUUGGGAAGUGAAAGUCGAUUUAAUUGUGGACGAUGACGAUAUUUUUAUUGGGGUUGCAGAUGAAAAUGUUGCCUUAUAUGGUCACCCGCCUGAUGUCGGCUUAUUUUGGGGACUAAGAUGCAGUGGGGGGAAGAAGUUUAAGCCAGAAACUGGUAUAGAAGAUUACUACGGAGAAAGUGUUCAAACUGGAGACAUUAUUUGUGUCAGGCUCGAGUACAAAGGGGAUCAAGGCUCAAUUAGCUUUUUGAGAAAUGGAAAAGAUUAUGGCGUCGCCUAUACAAACGUCCCAAUAAAUGUUUAUCCUGCUGUUUCGUUAUAUUAUAAAAGAGCUCAGGUAUCUAUAAAUUGCACGGCGUAA